AUGGCAGAGCGGAGGAAGCAGCAGAAUUAUUCUUCUCUGCACCGCUACCUGACCGCUCCCAUAUGGGAUGGGCUGAAGCAAUCCUCGCGCGAGAAGGCAGCGAUAGUGUUAUUUCAACACUGCUGGCUCUUAGGUUUGAGGUGUCCCUCAGAAGGGACAUUCGCGCUCCUGGGAAACCUUCUUCAGAUGACCAAGCCAGAGGGCGCAGGGCUUCUGACCGCUUUUGAGUUCUACCAGUUCAUCAAUGGUUUGAAGAAGCAGUGGAAAAGCUUCAAGGCGCUCAACCGGGCCACUGAUCAGGACUAUGGGGAAUACCUCUUAACUCUACCUGGGGAGCCUCGUGAGCUACCAGCAGAAUAUCAUUUGCAAGCAUUUGUUCACGAACCGUUUGUUCCAUGCAGACUGCCGAUGGAGGAGCUUUUGAUGGCAGCUAGCUCCACCAAGUUGCGGUGGCGUGGACCAGCUGAGCAGAAGGCGACCAGUGACCCAGGGUUGGAGAAGGACAUGAAGCUGAUGGAAUUAGCUUUCCGCAUGGGGCAGAAUGCAAGUGGGUCUCCAAGGACCCCGGCUUCUUCAGCUAGCUCGGGCGGUGCUGCGCCGCAGUUUCCCGCGCUGCCUUCACCGCCGGGCAUGCUGGCACUCCAGGAUGGUGGAGUUGACCAGAUUGAAGCUGCGCCAGAAGAGCAGUGCGCAGUUCCUGACCAAGAUCUUCCCGAUCGUCAAGAAGCUGAGCCGAAUGAUGGAGAUGGCGGUGAGCUCACAGAGGAGCUAGAGGGGGAUGCAGUGCAGAAGUUGGCUGAAGCUUUGAAAAACCGUGACGUGGAGAAGAAAGAGAUGCUCAGAGCUACUCCAAAGGUGGCGGCUGCAAAGCCCAAGGCCAAGUCAAAGGCAUCUUGCCCGGUUAAGGCGUCGAGCAAAGCCAAGGUGAAGAAGCCACAGGAGAAGCAGAAGGCCAAGACCAGAAAGCAUAACACAAAGAAGAAGGACCAGACGUCGAAGACGCGAGCUCAGAAGGCGGACAAAGACAAGCUGAAGAAGACUCGCAAGGGCCAGGAGAUCAAGGCCAAGCCGCAGGUCAAGAAGACCAAGGUGGACAAACGGGAGCUUCAAAUGACAGCGAAGGAUGUCUACAGCAGGGCUUACCACCAAACCCGAAGUAGGUUGGUGAAGGACAGCAGCCUGAAAAAGGAUGCUAUCAAAUUGAAAGCCAGGGCAGCUGGCCACCGUGCUGUGCAGCGUGCUUUCUCUACACGCUGA